GAAUCCACAGACCCUCGCAGAUCACCGAGCGCAAAGCGCGAGUUUGGGCCCGACUCCACUCCCGAGUUUCGCCGUAAACAAACAAAACACCGUGUACACGGACAGUUGAGUGUUAUUUGACGCGUCGUGAGUGUUUUGUUUAGUGUCCAUCAUGGAUAAGUAGAUUAACAAACAUUCAGCUGUCUUCGGAUACGCUCUAGGAUGGAUGAGGUGUCGGUGGUGCUUCCGAACGGCAACAAUCGCAGCGACGGCGUUGAGCUCUGGGCCGGCAUCCUCGACGAAGAAUCCGCCCUACCCUUGGACGCCAGCGAGGGUGGCCUCUUCGCCGGAAACUUUGUACCUCCCCCACCGCGACCCCUCUUCCUCGACGAGUCUGUCACCCCCGACGGACUAACCACCUGUGAUCUGUGUUCGUGGGCGUGGCAGAAUGGAAAUGGUGCCUUCGCCUUUGACAAUACCAGAGAAGUCUCAGGAGAAUGGAUGCUCACCUUAGUCAUAGUUUCAUUUGUUUCUGCACUGAUAGGUGCUAUAAUUAUGAUAACAGUUAUCCACUGCAAAAGAAUGAAAAGCUCAACGACAAGUGAAGUAGAGCACGGGCGUUCCCCAAGCCAAAGGGCUCUCAACUCGAGGCCUCCGAUAAAUACGCCCGAUGACAAAGAAAUAAGCACCAUCACUCCUGCCAACUUUCCCAGCAUCCAGAAUAGUACAAAUUCCAGUAACGGAGUGUGGUCGUGGCUUUCCAGAAAGUCUACCACAACACCAUCUCAACUAAACACACCCCCAACAUCCCCUGCGGAGAACCACUACACUCACAUGGAAGACGGUUACAACAGCGUGGGAGAAGCGCUAUACGCCGAACUCGAUCGAGAAAGUUCCACGGGUGACAACGACAGAGACAGUAACAGCCCGGCUUAUCAGAACUCGGCCUACACAGAUCCAGACGCUCAAGUCUCUAGUGCCCCCAGUAGUGCCUACUACUCAGAUCUGUCUGUAACCACCGUGCCAGAUCGUGCUUAUGAAGUGGUCGGUUUAGUCACGAUGCCUUGCUGGGAUCCCAACAAUGGAAAUAGUGAUCUACGGAGGUCCGUUGCACCUAGAUUAGCUGCCAUUAGUGAAAACGUAAGCGUUCCGUCAGACUAUGUUUGACGUCGUUUAGUAAAGUCCUUUUGGUGAUCGAACAUUCGUCACAUAUGGUGAUAGUUAACAGUGGAAAAAAAAAUAGAGAGAAUUACAAAGAAACUUUCGUUGCUUGUUUAGAAGAUGGAAGUUUUUUAUAACAAAAGCGUAAAAUGUAAAUAAUGUACAAAUGUUGAAACACACAUUCCAUUAAUACCUGAGUAAUGAUUUCGUGCAAUGAUAAUAUAUUUAGAUGUAAAAAUUGUAAAAUAACGUGUAAAAACACUUGUGUCGUAAAAUAAUGAACUUUUUUUAAAAUAUUAGUGAAAAUUAGUUGUAAAUAUAAUUUACGGGAUGCAGUGCAUUUAAAGCUUAAUCCGUUUCGAAGGAAAAAAAUGCACUGUUCAUGUGAUACGUAAAUAUAAGCAACAAUAUUAUAUUUUUGCAUCAAAUGCUGCUGUAACUUAUUUUAAUAAAAAACUUACCAAUA